AUGGUAUCAUUAUAUGAUGCAGGAACUCGCUGUUGGUAUCCUGAUAAAGAAUUAGGUUGGGUAGGAACAAUUGUUAAAUCAAAUAAACAAGAAGGUAAAAAACAUAUAAUAGAAUUAACAUUAGAAAAUGAUGAUUCAACUAUAUUUAAAAUAGAAACAGAUAAUCUUUCAGAAGAUAAUGAUGAAUUACCACCAUUAAGAAAUCCACCUAUAUUAGAAUCAACUGAAGAUUUAACAAGUUUAUCAUAUUUAAAUGAACCAGCUGUUUUACAAACUAUAAAAAUACGUUAUUCAUUAUUAAAUAUUUAUACAUAUUCAGGUAUAGUAUUAAUUGCAACUAAUCCUUUUCAAAAAGUAGAACAAUUAUAUACUCAAGAUAUUGUACAAAAUUAUGCUGGAAGACAAAGAACAGAAUCAGAUCCUCAUCUUUUUGCCAUUGCAGAAGAUGCUUAUAGAUGUAUGAAACAAAAUGGAGAUAAUCAAACUAUAGUUGUUAGUGGUGAAUCUGGAGCUGGUAAAACAGUUUCUGCUAAAUAUAUUAUGAGAUAUUUUGCUUCUGUAGAAGCUGAUGUACAACAAGCUAUAGGAACUGAUCAUAAAGUAGAAAUGUCAGAUGUUGAAAAACAAAUAUUAGCAACAAAUCCUAUAAUGGAAGCUUUUGGUAAUGCAAAAACUACAAGAAAUGAUAAUUCAUCACGUUUUGGUAAAUAUUUGGAAAUAUUAUUUGAUAAAGAAACUUCUAUUAUUGGUGCAAGAAUAAGAACAUACCUUUUAGAAAGAUCAAGAUUAGUAUUUCAACCAUCUACUGAAAGAAAUUAUCAUAUUUUUUAUCAAAUUUUGGCAGGAAUGGAUUCAAAAGAGAAAGAAAAAUUAGGAUUGAAAACUGCUAGUGAUUAUAAAUACACCAAUCAAGGUGGUUCACCUAAAAUAAAUGGAGUAGAUGAUGCUGAAGAAUUUAAAAUAACAAAAGAUGCGUUAUCCUUAAUAGGUGUUGAUGAUUCAAAACAAUUUGAAAUAUAUAAAAUAUUGGCAGCUCUUUUACAUCUUGGUAAUAUUGAUAUAGCUGCUACUAAAAAUGAUGCACAUUUAUCAAGUGAUGAACCAAAUUUAGUUAAAGCUUGUGAGUUAUUAGGUAUAGAUGCGUUUAAUUUCGCCAAAUGGUGCGUGAAAAAACAAAUCACUACAAGAUCUGAAAAAAUUGUUAGUAAUUUAAAUCAUAAACAAGCAAUUGUUGCAAGAGAUUCAUUUGCAAAAUAUAUUUAUUCAGCAUUAUUCGAUUGGUUGGUUGAUUAUGUUAAUACUGAUUUAUGUCCAGAAUCAGUUGCUUCACAAAUAAAUUCAUUUAUUGGAGUAUUGGAUAUUUAUGGGUUUGAACAUUUUGAAAAAAAUUCAUUUGAACAAUUUUGUAUUAAUUAUGCUAAUGAAAAAUUACAACAAGAAUUUAAUCAACAUGUAUUUAAAUUAGAACAAGAAGAAUAUAUAAAAGAACAAAUUGAAUGGUCUUUUAUAGACUUUUCAGAUAAUCAACCAUGUAUUGAUUUGAUUGAAAAUAGAAUGGGUAUUUUGGCUUUAUUAGAUGAAGAAUCAAGAUUACCAGCAGGUAAUGAUCAAUCAUGGAUUGAAAAAAUGUAUCAAAAUUUGGAUAAACCUCCUUCAAAUAAAGUUUUCCAAAAACCAAGAUUUGGUCAAACUAAAUUCGUUGUUAAUCAUUAUGCUUUAGAUGUUACAUAUGAUAUGGAUGGAUUUAUAGAGAAAAAUAGAGACACAGUUGGAGAAGGACAUUUAGAAGUUAUGAAAAAUUCUAAAAAUGAAUUACUUCAAGAUAUUCUUAGUAUAAUUGAUAAAAAUGCAAGUGCUUUAGAAGCAACCAAACAACCAACAAAAGGUAAAAUGAUGAAUAAAAAACCAACAUUAGGUUCCAUGUUUAAAAAUUCAUUAAUUGAAUUAAUGAAAACUAUAAAUUCUACAAAUGUUCAUUAUAUAAGAUGUAUAAAACCAAAUGAAGAGAAAAAAGCUUGGGAAUUUGAUUCAUUAAUGGUGCUAUCUCAAUUACGAGCUUGUGGUGUUUUGGAAACGAUCAGAAUUUCAUGUGCUGGUUUCCCUUCAAGAUGGACUUAUGUUGAAUUCGCUGAUAGGUAUCAUAUCUUAGCUCCUUCAAAAGAUUGGAUUAAAGUAAUGAGUGGUGAAACCACACAAGAAUCUGUAACUGAUUUAUGUAAUCAAAUUUUACAAUCAAAUACUGAAAAUAAAGAAAAAUAUCAACUAGGUAAUACCAAGAUUUUUUUCAAAGCUGGUAUGUUGGCUCAUUUUGAAAAAUUAAGGACAGAUAAAUUAUAUAGAUCUGCUGUCAUGAUACAAAAGAAUAUGAGAAAACGUUUCUUUAGACAAAAAUAUAUUGAAAUAAGGCAAUCUCAUAUCAAAUUACAAAGUUUAAUACGUGGUUUUGAGAGAAGAAGGUUUAUAAGACAAGAAAAGGAAAAACAUGCAGCAACAUUAAUUCAAACUUCAAUAAGAGGACAUUUAGCAAGAAAACAGUAUCAAAACACUCUCAAAUCAGUUAUUACAUUACAAAAAUCAAUAAGAGGUUUACAAGCAAGACAAAAUUUCAAAAAACACCGACUCGAAAAAUCAGCGUCAACUAUACAAAAAUCAUGGAAAGGAUAUCAACAAAGAAAAGAAUUCAACAAAACCAAAAGAUCAGCUAUUAUUAUUCAAUCUGCUUUUAGAAGACAAUUUGCUUAUCGUGAAUUGAAAACAUUAAAAGCUGAUGCAAAAUCUGUAAAUAAAUUAAAAGAAGUUUCUUAUCAGUUGGAGAACAAAGUUAUUGAUUUAACUCAAGCUUUAACAUCUAAAAUUCAAGAUAAUAAGAAAUUAAUGGAAGAAAUACUGAAUUUAAAAGAUUUAUUAAAUCAACAAGGACAAGUAAAAGAAACUUUAAAAUCAAGAGAAUUAGAAUUUAAUGAGAAAUAUGAUUCCACAAAACAAGAACAUCAAGAAGAAGUUGAAAAUUUAAAUCGUGAAUUAAAUACAAUAAAAUCAGAUUAUUCAUCAGCUGAAGAAAAAAUCAGACAAUUAACUAAAGAACAAAUUGAAUUGAAAGAAGAAGUUCAAAAAACAAUAAAAGAAUUAAAUGAUGCUAAAAAUGAUCUUAUUAAACGUGAUACUAUUGAAGUUGAUCUUAAAGCUCAUAUUGAUCAAUUAAAAUCAGAAUUAGCUCAACUAAGUAAUCCCAAAAUUAGAAACGCGAAUACAAGUAAACGUCAUAGCAGUGCUUUGGCGUGGAGUUCUCCCAAUUCUAUUGAUAAUCCUAGGCCGGUAUCAGUCAUUGCUGUAUCAAAUGAUGACAAUGCUAAUAUUGAUGAUAUUAAUGAUGAAUUAUUUAAAUUAUUAAGAGAUUCACGUCAAUUACAUCGUGAAAUAGUUGAAGGUUUAUUAAAAGGUUUAAAAAUACCACCUGCUGGAGUUGCUGCAGAUUUAACAAGAAAAGAAGUAUUAUUUCCAAGUAGAAUUAUUAUAAUAAUAUUAUCAGAUAUGUGGAGAUUAGGUUUAACUAAAGAAAGUGAAGAUUUUCUUGGUGAAAUUUUAGCAUCUAUACAGAAUCUUGUUUCAUUAUUAAAAGAUGAUGAUGUUAUUCCUCAUGGUGCAUUUUGGUUAUCAAAUACUCAUGAAUUAUAUUCAUUUGUUUCAUAUGCUGAACAAACUAUUAUAGCAAAUGAUACAUUAUCUAAUGAAAUGAGUGAAGAAGAAUUUACUGAAUAUUUAAAAUUAGUUGCUGUUGUAAAAGAAGAUUUUGAAUCAUUAUCUUAUAAUAUUUAUAAUAUGUGGAUGAAAAAAAUGCAAAAAGAUUUAGAGAAAAAAGCAGUUUCUGCAGUUGUAUUAUCUCAAGCAUUACCUGGAUUUAUGGCACCAGAAAAUUCACCAUUUUUAAGUAAAGUAUUUUCAGCUGGUGCUACAUAUAAAAUGGAUGAUAUAUUAUCAACUUUUAAUACAUUAUAUUGGUCAAUGAAAAGUUAUUAUUUAGAAAAUGAUGUUAUUGUAAGAGUAAUAACAGAAAUGUUAAAAUUUAUUGAUGCAUUAUGUUUUAAUGAUUUAAUAUUAAGAAGAAAUUUUUUAAGUUGGAAAAGAGGAUUACAAUUAAAUUAUAAUGUUACAAGAUUAGAAGAAUGGUGUAAAUCUCAUGAUAUUGAAGAAGGUUCAUCAUGUUUAGUUCAUUUAUUACAAGCUGCAAAAUUAUUACAAUUAAGAAAAAAUACUGCUGAAGAUAUUGAUAUUAUAUAUGAAAUAUGUUAUGCAUUAAAUUCUGCACAAAUUCAUAAAACUAUAAGUGCUUAUACAGCAGCAGAUUAUGAAACUCCUGUAGCACCUGCAGUAAUGAAAUUAGUAGCAGAAAGAACAAAAGAAAGCUCAAAUGAUGAUUUAUUUUUAACAAUGUCAACAGAUGGUCAUUUUGAAGAUCCUUUUAGAGAAAUUGAAUUAAGACCUUUUUCAAGAGUUGAAGCUUAUGUUCCCGCAUGGUUGAAUUUACCUGUAAUACGAAGAAUUGUUGAAUUAGUUGCAAAAAAUGCUUCAGUUCAAGAAACUUCUCAUCAAAACGGUCUGUAA